AGAUCGUUUGGCGUUCUACAUCGUGCUGCUCUACGCUGGAAAGCGUUCCGCGAGGACAGUGUUACAAGGAGCAUUAAGGGUAAAAGACGAGCACCGUUGCCUCUCUUCUGGUGCUGCCAAUUCGCUGGUUGUUGAUUUUUUGCUUACGCCCUCUGUCCUUGCGGAUACCAUCGGAAUUUAUUAUUGUAUAUGCAUAUCGGCUUUCUUUCAGGACGGCGGUUGCAGCCCCAAAAAGUCCUUCCUGUAACGCGUCUACUCGGUGGUGUUGCUUCCCAAAGACACCAAAGCAGUUUCGCAAGCAUCGAACAGUACACAAAAGAAAGGAGAGAAGAGUAAAGAAGGGCUUGUCAUUGUCCGCCUUCAACAGCGUUUUUUUUAAUCUGUUUUGCGCCGCUGACUUCGACAGCAUGAGCAGCAUCACGGACAAGUCUUUUCAGCUCCGCAGCAUUCAGCUCUGUAGCAAGGAGGCGGGCAGUACGACGUCUGCGUCGUCGGUGACGCCGUCACCGGAGGAGGCACGAGGCGCGGGUCGAACAGCGGCCCCCGCCUGCUUUUCCACCCUCCAGUCCUCCGAUGUCCUGCUCGACGUCGGAGGCGACGGCUCCACACCGCCGUGGCGCUAUCGGUGCCCGGCGUACAUUGUCCAGCGCAGCUCGGUGACGCUGCGGGAUCUGCUGGCGGACUCGCUCGAGAACGCAGAGGCCACAGUUAAAGUGAACGGUGGUCCGGCGACAGGGGCAGCGGAGGACUCGCUGCCUCCGUCCUGCGAUGGCAGCUCCGUCGUGCUUCCGCUCCCCUUUGUGGACCGGCAAGUGUUUGAAGUGGUGGCGGUGUACAUGGAGCACUUCUACGGCGUGUCGGGCUGGGACGCUGCCACCGCGCUGGCACCAGAUGCCGUCCGCGGAGGGCAACGCCUCUCCGCGUCGCACAACACCGCUCUCAACCACAGUGCCGAUACACCCGCAGCGCUGCGGCGUCCGCUGAACUUCGCCGACCUGUACGCGCUCUCUCCGUGGGAGCACCACUUUGUGCUCCACUGCUUGUUUGGUCUCCCGUGGCAGCAGAUAACGCUGCUCGAGCUCGUCAAGGAGGCGCGGUGGGUGGAUCUUGCUGGGUGGUCUGCGGAUAAUCGCACAGGCGAUCUCCGCCCCGCACCGGAGGCUUUGAAGGUCUUUUCACCCGCAAAUCGUCAGCAAAUGUGGACGCGUCUGCGCGGAAUCCUGGAGGCUGCAACUCGACUCGGCGUGCCUGCUCUGCAGCAGCUGUGCGCAAGCGUGGCGGCGAACAUGCUGGUGGAUCAGGAUGCAAACGGUCUUGUCCAACUGCUGAAAGGAGAGGGUGAGGGCACGGUGCCACCCUUCACGCCUGAGGCUCGUGCAAGCCUUCUGCAGCGCUUUCCGUGGCUCUCUCGAGAGGAGAAGAACACCGCAGGUGCCGUGGUGAAGUAG